AUGCUUCGGUGGUUCUGUAAAAAAAAACAUGAUACAUCACCACGUCUUAUUUAUCCAACUACAUUGAUUGAAUUGAAUAAAUUUCAGCUUGAAACAGAUUUAUCUAAUCCAAAUUAUAAGUAUACAUCGAAUUAUAUUAAAACAACAAAAUAUACAUUAUGGACAUUUUUACCAUUAAAUUUAUGGAACAAUUUCAUCGUUUUGCUAAUAUCUAUUUUGUAUUAUAUUAAUAUUGAAUUUUAUUCCCGAUAUGCUUACGAAGAUUUUAGAAGGUAUCUAUCAGAUCGUAAAGUUAAUAAGAAACCAUGUGAAGUGUAUUCUGUACAUGAAAAACAAUAUGUGAUUGAUGAAUGGCAAAGUUUACAUCCAGGCGAUUUUAUUCGUUUACAUACAAAUGAUAUAAUUCCAGCUGAUAUUUUAUUGUUAGCUACAUCGAAUAGUACAGGUAUUUGUCAUAUUGAAACAUCUAAUUUGGAUGGAGAAUCUAAUUUAAAACAACGAGAAGUUAUUACUGGAUUAUCAGAUAAUAGUGAAUUUUCACCAUUAAAUUUUCUAUAUCCCAUCGAAGUAGAAAUUCCAAGCGCUGAAUUAUACAAAUUUCAUGGUAAAAUCAUUCUCCCAGAAGUUCGAAUUCCAAUACAUAAGAAAAAUAUGCUGCUGAGAGGUUGUGUAUUGCGUAAUACUGACUUUGUGGAGGGUAUAGUAAUCUACGCUGGUCGGGAAACAAAGGCUGCUUUAAACAAUUCUGGUGUUCGUUUUAAAAGAAGUAAACUAGAGAAACGUAUUAAUAUGGAUGUUAUAUGGUGUGUAAUCAUUCUUAUUAUAGUCUGUUUCACUGGAGCUAUUGGUAGUGCUGUAUGGCAUCAAAAUUUACCAGGUGAUGAUAUACUAUUUGUUGUACUUGAUAGAAAUUCAUCUACUUCAACACCUGCAUAUCAAGGUUUUCUAAAUUUUUGGCGAUUUGUUAUUAUUUUUCAAACUAUUAUUCCAUUACCAUUAUAUGUUACAAUUGAAUUUGUUAAAAUGCAUCAGGUAUGGCAUAUGAAUAAUGAUUUAAAACUAUAUGAUUCCACUUUGGAUAAACGUGUUGAAAUACAUGCAUUCAAUAUACCUGAAGAUUUAGGUCAAAUUGAAUAUAUUUUCUCAGAUAAAACUGGUACAUUAACUGAAAAUAAAAUGGAAUUUAAACGAGCUAGUAUCAAUGGAAAAGAUUAUGAUGCAAAUGAAAAUGACAAUUAUGAAAAUGCAGAUCGACCGAGUAAUAGCUUUUCAUCGAUCCAUACAAUAACAAAAUUGAAUGUACUUAAACCAAUCUUAGACAAUGGAACUAUCUUUUCAUUACAUCAAAUAAUUAUCAAUAAUGAUAUGAAUUGUCAUAGAGUUAAUUCAGAUAAAUUAUUUAUACCUGAAAUAUCUAUACACAAAUUGAAUUUGAAUGCAAUAAAGUUAACAGAUGAAAUAAUUCCUAUUUAUCCAAUACAAAAUGAUAAUAAUUCUUAUUCUUAUAUAUCAGCUGAUAAUAAUAUGUUAUCAUCUCAACGAUAUUUACAAGUUAGACAACAAAUUAACUCAAAUUCUCAACAACAAAAUGAUGAUAUAACUAAUGUAAAUGAAUUUAAGAAACAUUAUCAACAUUUAACGAGUGAAACUAUACGUGUUCAAGACUAUUUUCUUGCAUUAGCUAUAUGUAAUACAGCUGUUGUCUCUGUUACAAAAAAUACUCCAACAUUAUUUCAAGUUCCAUCACGUCGUAAAGGAUUUCGUGAUUUAUUUCGUUCUGGUAAAAUAAAUUCUGUUACACAUAUGCAUAAUAAAAUGCGUAAAACUAAACAAUCGACUAAUAUACAAAUGAAUUCAUGUGUAGACAGAAUACCUACCAUUGAAAAUCAUUACAAUUCUAAUGACAAAGUGAAACAUAUUAAACAUGCAGUUAGCUUAUCCAGUAUACUUUCACGUAAAUUUCGUUUAACUAAACCUGAUAAAAUGAUAACAAAUAGAAAUGAUGAUAACAUUAACAAUAAUAAUAGUAAUAGUAAUAAUAAUGAUAAUAACCAGUCAACUAAUAUGUUUGUUAAUAACAGUAUAAAUGAUAUUUCUUCAACUACUAAUAUUAUUGACCAUAUAAGGAAUGAAGAACAAGAAAAUAUUAGUCAAGAAACAAUAAUUAUCGAUGAUAUUGUCUCUAAAUUAGAGGAUAAUCCUAUUCAGUCAAGUAGUCCUACUGCUACUACUGCUCCUACUUGUAAUAAUUAUGAUAAUACUAAUCAAUUGUUGGAGAAUAUCGUUACAAACUUUUCGAAUGAAACAAUCCAUAAUCAUAAUAAUGACAAUAAUAAAACAAAGAAAAUCAGUGUGAUAUGUAGCAAUUCUGCAAGAACCUUCAAAGAACAAUUAAAUUACUUAAACUAUAAUAAUAGUAAUAAUGAUAAUAAAGAACCAGUAUUAUUUUUAUCAAGUCAUUGUCUACCGCCUGUUAUUGAAGCAUUAGACUUAGAUAUAUCAUUACAAGCUUCACAGCAUAUUUUAAGUGGUUCACGCCUUACUAACAGUGAACAACGUAGUGCUUCUGCAGAGAAGUUGAAUCGACAACAUCCUUCACAGUAUACACAACAAUCAGAUUUCGAAUCACUAGGAUCUGUGGAGUUCGGUUUGGAUUUGAGUACAGAUAUAACAAUGGAACAAUAUGACGAUAGUACAAACAAUAUUUAUCAAAGUGAAUUAAAACUAGACCUUGAAAAAGAUACUUAUAAUGAAAAGAAAACAGCUGAAGAAGACAUAGAUUUAAACACGUCUAGAACACUGACAGUUAUUAUACAUAAUGGUAGUUCAUUUCAAUUGCCAGUUGAACAAGAUGUAUGUGCACAAAAUCCAUCAGAUUUGAAAAAAUGUCCAUUAUCUGAUAGCACGUUAUUCACUUCAUAUGAAUCAGAAAGUCCAGAUGAAUUAUGUCUAGUGAAAGAAGCAUGUAAAUGGGGCUAUAAAUUACUACAGCGUGGUGUAGAUUUUACACUUUUAUGGUUACCAAAUGAUGGACUUGUAUGCAUUCAUGUUCUACGUAUCCUACCAUUCGAUUCACAGCGUAAACGAAUGUCAAUCCUUUUUCGUCAUCCAUAUACUAAUGAAGUAAUCUUAUUUACAAAAGGAGCUGAUUCAUCAAUUAUGAAUCGUUUAGAUAAUACCGGGAUAAAUUCACACGAAUUAAUCACUGCUACACAACAGCAUAUUGAACAAUAUUCUCGUAUAGGUUUAAGAACAUUAGUCAUAGCUGAAAGAUUAUUAUCUGAAGAUGAACUCAAUGAAUGGUUAAAAGAAGUCUACGAAGUUGAAACAGGUAAUGAAGAUCCAACAGAAGCUAUGCAAAUGCUAAUGGAUAAAUUGGAGCGUAAUUUUAUUCUUCUAGGUGCUACAGGUAUUGAAGAUCGUUUACAAGUUGGUGUACCAGAGACUAUUGAAUCAUUACGUGAAGCUGGUAUGCAUGUUUGGGUGUUAACAGGUGAUAAACAAGAAACUGCAGUGAAUAUUGCUCGUUCAGCUAAUCUGAUUACAUCACAGCAUAGGAUAAUGUAUAUUAAUGCACGUUCUGAGGCACAUAUAGAAUAUUUACUAAACUCAUAUUUAUAUGGUGUUAUUAGUGGAGACCUAUGGAAUCCAUUAAAUGAUCUGGAUAAUAGACUUGAUGAAGUGAUUAAUCCACGUUAUUCAGAAGCUCAACAAUAUUAUAAAACACGAAAAGAUAGUCGUCGAUUAUUAAAAAAGUCAAAAAUCAUUAUCGUUCAACUUCACAUUCACCUAAUCGUGGUCGUACAAAACAACGUAGAUAUAACUUAUUUUCAUGAUAAUGAAAAUAAAUUAAAAAUAAAUCAUAAAGGUUGUUUUAAUUUUUUAAAAUUAAUUGAACAUUAUCGUCAAUUCAGACAUCGAAAUCGACAACGACGACUACGACGACAACAACAACAACAACAACAUCGAAGACAAUCAUCCAGUUAUAAAAGAUAUAGUAAUAAUUUUGCUAAUAAAUUUCAAUUAGCUUUAGUAAUUGAUGGUGAAAGCUUAAAUUAUGUAUUGAAUAAUGCAAAGAAUAGAUCACGAUUCAUUAAAUUAACUGAAAUGUGUACAAAUGUUAUAUGUUGUAGAUCAACACCAGGACAAAAGGCUGCUAUAGUUACUCUAGUCAAAGAUGAAUUAAACGUUCAAACUUUAGCUGUUGGUGAUGGUGCAAAUGAUGUCAAUAUGAUACGAGUAGCUAAUGUUGGGAUUGGUAUUACCGGUGGACAAGAAGGUAUGCAAGCGGUUAUGGCAUCAGAUUUUGGAAUUAGUCAAUUUUGUUUUCUCAAACAGUUAUUAUUAGUUCAUGGACAUUGUUGUUAUGAUAAACUAGCACAUGCUUCAUUAUAUUUAUUUUAUAAAAAUGCGAUAUAUAUAUUUCUAUUAUUUUGGUUUCAAAUGUUCAACGGAUUUUCGGGUAGUAAUGCAAUUGAUCAAUUAUCACAAAUGUUAUUCAGUGUUACAAUGACUAGUUUACCACCAUUUAUUAUGGGUAUAUGGGAUAAUCCAUUAGAUCAUGAGACAUUAUUAUGUAAUCCUAUAUUAUAUCGAGCUGGAAUACAAGGCAAUGCUUAUCAUCCAUGGUUAUUUUGGUUAAAUAUAUGUGAUGCCCUAUGGCAAAGUUUAGUUAUAUUCUUUUUAUCAUAUUUUGCUUAUGCUGAUGAUGUUAUCGGUUUAUGGGAGUUUGGAUUAUUUCAAACACAUGCAUUAACAUUGUGUACUUUAAUACAUUCACUAUUGAUUACUAGAACAUGGGAUGAUACAUCAAUGUUUCUAUAUCCUGAUUCAAUAACUUUUUAA